UGGCCUGACAUGUACACAGACUGUUCAGUGUAGAAAGCAGGGAACGAAGGAUUUGAGUUUUUUUACGUCUUGCAGAAAUGGUAAAGGUGGCUGUCUUGUUGACCAUUUUUCAAGCAAAUUAUUUACUCUCACACCGAAGAAAUAUUACAAUGUGGAGUAUUUCGGAUAUGUACUUUUAAUCAAAUGUAGCCUGCUGCAGUGUACUGUAACCAGCUACUGUAGCCAUUGCUAACGUGAGCUGAACAGGACUGUCAAAAUGAACAACAUCGUGGUCGAAUUAAUGAUCAGCAAUGGUAUGUCAGUUAGCUGGCUUGUCACUAGCAGCUAGCAAGCUAGCACAUAGGAUGCAAGUUCUGAAGGACAACCUAAUUUAUUCGUUGGGGGUUGAUGGAGUGCUGGAAGAUGAUCGCCAGAUAUUGGUGGAGGAACAGAAGUCAUGUAGAGCCCUUGCCCGGAAGCACUCCCUUGAGACAAAUCGACGUAGAAAGGCUCUAGAGGAGCGGAGGAAGCUGUGGGAUGUCCAGGAGGAGAGGCUGAGAGAGAGCAUCCUACAGCAACGGAAACAGAGAGUUCAAGAUGCCACUGAACGCUUCCAGAGAGCCCACCUGCCUCCAUCUCAAAGGAGGAGACAAUCUAUUAAGAAAAGCUACCCUAAUAUUGAAGAUGCACUUAGACACAUUCAAGGCACUUUUAGCUCCUACGCCCGACAGUCUUCUUUCCUGUCCAGCAACUCCACCAUAAGCAGGAGCUGCACUCCAUCUCCAAAGCCUCCAAUGGGGCCUAAUCUCAACCGUCACCAGAGAACACUGUCUGCUGUGGAGGCUUACACUAAACUGAUGCAAGAGCAGACCAUGCAUAGCUUCAAGAACAGCCAGUUGCUUUUUCUCAGUGAGCUUCAAGAAACACAAGUGAGGGAGCAGGAAGCCACCAGUCCUCAGGAUGACCAUGUUCCUGAAAGCCAUCAUUCAGACAGCCUGUCCAGCCUAGAUAGUUUAGAGAAUGAGGACUUCAACCAUAACAAUUCUAGAAACAUAGUAUGUUACUCUCAGUCCUUACCGGACCAGUUGAAAAUGUUUGACUGUAAAAACACCCAAAUUACACAGAGUGAUAACACUCCUACGUCAACAAAUGCAUCUUCAAGUGAUAACCUACUCCAGACGACCCAAGUCUUUUCAAGCCCUCAAUGCAAAUCUUGGCAUCAGGAGCCUGAAGAACCAAACAGGAAGUUGCAGAACCUACCUGAAGCCACUAGGGGGGCUACCACUACAGAAAAAUCACUCAACACUGAAGCCCAGCCCUCUCACCAUCACCACAACUUCUUGACACUCAUUGGUACAGACACAGGGGGCCAGAAGUCAGAAGAAAACACAAGGAACAAAAUAGCAUUACAAACUCAGAUCAAAGCUUCACCAGACAGUACACCUCUGGAUUUUGCUUGUUUGUUACAAAAUGUAAAAUUACUAGACAACAGACUGCAUGUGACUAACAAAGAAAAAAAUCCAUCAGCAACAAAGGUCAAUCUGCCCACCAGAAACUACAACCACAAAGAGGAUUUAUGUGAGGCACAUGAAGUCAUGAAAGAAACUAUUGCUUUCCAAACAACAUUAGAGAGCAUAAACCAAUCACAUAAGUCCUAUGAUGUAAUGAACAACCUAGAUAAAAAUUCUGAUUCAGAGCCCAUCGCUGACAGGACUAAGCAUACAGAACCUAUUAAUCAGACAUGCAACUCGAAUACACAUGAACCAUCUGACAUACCUAAGUGUCAUGCAAUAUCUGGUACCAGUUUCCAAAUGGGUGAUGUCAGAGUUAUCAAAGGAAUUCUGAAAAAGCAAUCCAAAUAUGUGUCUGGAAAUGCCAAAACCAUUUAUGGUGCAGGACAUUUGGUUUUUACCAAACAAGUAGCAUUGUCCAUUAGAGAUAGUGUUGAAUUGACCAAAAUGAAAGCUGAGGAAGAAGAGGGAAACAAGAAAAUGAAAAAGAAGCUACGUUGGUUGGAUGAGGUGAACAAUGAGGGAGAGGAUAAGGAAAUAAACACAAAUAUAGUGAAACUGAAUCAUACAAAAAGCAAGUAUGCAUAUCCACUUCAACAUAAAAGUUACUCAGCAGACCACCAGGAGAGUAUUACUGUGGUCCCAGGGGCUCCGAGAACUGGCCCCAAUACGACCCCUUCAGCCUCCACUAGUUAUCAAUUUACAAAGCAGGCAUGGGCAGAUGUUGAGGUUCAGGGUGGCAAGCUUCAGGACCAAGAAGAGGAGGUCAAGGUGCAAAGGGGUAGCAUUAGGACUGGGUGUCCCAGGGUCCCUCGGAGAGUACGCUCUGCCAGAGUUGGGUCGGGUUCUGUUUCCUCUUGUUCCAGGAAAGGCACAGUCAUCAGGCCCCAGUCUGCCGCAGAGUUAAAUCACAUAACCAGGAGCCAGGGGAAGGUCAUGGUGCCUCGGCCCCCUCCCAGGACUGAUACCAUGGAUGGAAUCACAGGAGAGGCAGCGGGAUACUCCACCAGCACACUUUACUAUUUAGAUCACGCCAAUGCCCAACAGGGUCUUCCUAUGGAGCAGACUUUGUACAGGGAAAAUUCAGACUGCCUUAACCCUUCCAUUACAGAUGGCUUUAGGACAGAUAGUGGUGUUAUGUUCACACCUUUCCCACCAUCCUACCAUCCGUCGUCUGAGAGUGCUUCCAAGGGAAGCACCACCUCUGGCCAGCAGGAGUCCCAGGCCAGCGGAGGGAGGCGGGGGGGUGCCAUGCUGUACGAUGAGAAAGGUCUCUGUUUGGAUCGCACUCCCACAGAUGAGGAGAUCUCACAGCUUUGGCAUGGGGUCCGCAGUGCCUUAUCCACAAACAAUGCUCGUGCCAAUUUGACCCAAGUUACCAUCAACGGGGAUAGUCUGAUCAAUGGCGUCAGAGCAGUCACAAGGAUGGGUGGCUUCUUUCUCUCCCCCUCCAACGCCAGGAAUGUUAUCAGAAGACCGAACCCAGAGAGCACAAGAAGCAGGAGGAGAUGUGUGGAGCCGAGCAGACAGGCCCCAGGCCUGGGGACCAGGAGGCUUCCCUUACCCACUCAGGCCGCAUACCAGUUAUCUCCAUGGCCAUGCAAAUAUGACCUGACACAAACAGAUGAAGGUCUUGAGAGUGUAGCCCAGUCUAGUCUGGCUGAGCUUCCUGGAGAAACCUCGAUGGCCAACACUGAUGUGAUGGCUGCUAUGGAAACAAUCCAAACACAGAAGCAGCAGCAGCGUGGUCUCACCAACAUCUCUGUGGAGGAGCAGAAGAUCCUGCUGUCCCUGGACAGACUCAAUAAUCGCCUGCAAUAUGUACAAGAGUAUGCUGGAGGGAACACUGCUGUCAAAGGCAUCUUGCAUGACGUUAUGGCCUAUGGAGGGGAAGGGAAGGCUUCAAACCCCAGCAAGCACCGCAUCGUGUCGGCCGAUAGCCGCUUUCGAAGCCAGAAGAAAUUCUGACAAGGGUUUAGUAUGCUCCCUUAAUGCUCACGCCUCUUCCCUUCAAUGACCCAUAUAUUGUAUCCUAUACUAAAAGCACUUUAGAAUGCUUUAAGAUUUUCUGCACAAUUGGUCACGCACAGAACAUUUGAAAUAUACAGCAAGAAGGUCGAUUUUUCUCUUACAAUAUCAAUGUGACAUUAUAUCCAUAUAAAUUAGAAAAUGGAAUGAUCAUAAGGGCUCCAACUUGACUUGAAAAGGGCAAUUCUUUUGUAAAGAUAGACUGAAAUAUCCAUCCGAAGAGCCAAUUGUGUUGCUCAACUGCAGUAAAACAAUAUUUUUGUUUUGUGGCGUGUGCUUAUUAUCCUUAAGUUGUUUACUUUUUAAAAACUAUUUUUCAUUGUAUACCUUAGGUUUGAAAAUAAUAUCACCCCUACACACCUGCUGAAUCCACCUUUAUUUAGAAAUUAGUAUAACCCUGUAUUGACUGUACAUUUAAUGAGUUGGUUAUUAAUGCAUUGUAACUUGUAAUGCCAGGCUAUGUUGUAAUUGGUUUGCUUAAUACAAAUACCUAAUACAAAUGUAUUAUUUUUGUAUGAGAUUUACGGUAUAUUUAUUUUUAAUUGUAAUUGUUCAUUGUA